AUGAUGUUGAAUUCCAUUAUUAUCAUUGUUGUCGUAUUAUUUAUUCAAUGUAUUUAUUGUAUUCCGAAUAAUAAUCUUCUACAGACACAAAAACUUAAUCAUGCUGUUAAUAAUAUACAGAAUAGUAAUGUGCCAGUAUCAAAAAUGGAUAAUGGUGCUAUAUCAUCAUUUACCAACACAAUGUCAUUAGAUCCAAAACAUGAAUUAAUGACAGAAAUUGCUCAAAGAUAUCGACUGGCAGCACGACGUUUAAGAGAAAGUCAAUCAACUUUAAUAUUUGACAUCGAAUUUCCUGUUCAUGAUAUAUUAAAAGUAGAUGCAACAACAAAUGAAAUUACAUUUCGUGCAGCAUUAACUCUGAAUUAUCAAUUUGAAUCAAAUAGUAUUCGAGAUAAUAACGCAUUACCGUAUGAAUUUUUAAGUUGGGAUUCAAAUAAUACUCAAAGUCGUUAUUAUCAAAUAGAUGAUAUAACAUUGACACCGGCAACAUUAAAUUCAUUAUGGUUACCUGAAAUGAAAUUUGAUGAUGAACGUGUUCAAUUUAAUGUUGAACGAGAAAUAGCAAAAAUUAAUCGAGAAGGUCUUGUUCGAUGGACGAGACGAGGUACAUUUACAGUAGCUAGCAUCAUUGAUCUUCAAUAUUAUCCAUUUGAUAAACAUUCAAUUAAUUUAAAUUUACAUAAUACACAAAAAUCUUUUAAAUUACAAUAUCGUCGUUUAUUUGCAUCAGCGAAUGGACAAUUAAAUGCUCGAACGAGCGUAUGGAAUACGUUGUUUGGCAGUAUGACAGGAAUAAAAAAUAAUGAAAAUGAAACAUCAUCAACAACAUCAGGAACAAUAAAUUAUAUAAAAACUUCAUCAAGAGGAUGGUUUAUUACUAAUAUUCAAAUUCAACCAAAAAUUAUUAAUGAAAAUUCAUCAGUAGAUGAUUUAUUAUUAUCAUUAUCUAUUCAACGUCGUCGAGAAACACAUAUAUUUACAAUUAUUGUACCAUGUCUGUUUUUCUCAUUUUUUAUAUUUAUAUUUUAUUUUCAACCUGUUGAAGCUCAUCAACGAUUAAUUAUUGGUGUACUAAAUUCACUAGCAACAUUAACAUUUUAUCUUCAUUUGGAUUAUAAAAUAGAAGCACAACAAUUAACAACAUCUCCAUUAAUACUUCAAUUUUUAACGAUAUUAUUCAUGAUUGAAGCAAUAUCAUUAUUUUUUGAUCAUAUUAUUCAUUCAAUAUUCUAUGGUGGAAUUAAUUUUGUUUCACAAUGGCUUAGACGUAAUCGACAUAAAAGUCGAAAUUAUGAUACACAACACCCAGCAAGAUUAAGUCGUGUAACCGUGUUAUCUCGUGCAUUAAAUGAAAAAUUACGUGGUAGCAAUGUAAAUGGUGGAAAUGGAACAAAUGGAAAUCGAAUGAGUUUAGAAUAUGGCGAUACAACGUUGAUAAAUCAUCAUCAACAAUCGACUGAUGUUAAUUCAAUAUUAAAACAAUUAUUUGAAAGAGAAGAAAAUUUAAAAUUAGAAGAUAAUGAACGUUAUCAAUGGCGAAAACGUGCAAGACUUAGUGAAUGUUUGUGUUGUUGGUUUUUCUUUGCCAUCGUUAUUGCAGCAGCUAUAUGCGUUUUUGCCGUUAUACCAUCGAUUGGUAUCAAAAAAUUUUGA